CGAGCCCAAAUGGGAGAAGGGAGGACCACCAGCAAAAGAGGGAAAAACUUGAGGGCCUGGCUGGCCUGGUGUGAAGGAGGCCAGGUGCAGCAGCUGGUGCCUCUUUAGACCCUUAUCCCAGCUCAGGGACAGCAGCUGGCAGAGCUAGAUGGUGUUCUGGAGUCCCCAGUAGCAACAAGCAGGAGAAAUGUCAACCACAGCCGCAAAAGAAUUCCAAAAAUCACACCAGGAGUCAGUCAGAUGGUGCUACACAUUCUCAGCCUCAUCUCAGAACAGGACAGAGCUACUCUGAAGGGGAAGUAUCCAUGGCCGGAUUCCAUCGGAGGUGCCACUAGGGAGCAAGCUGGGGUGAAGUCUCAGACUGGAAGACACUCGGACCUGUUCCAAGCCAGGGAGCAGGAGGCAGAAGCCGGAGGAGCGAGAGGGUGGCUGACUACCUUGGCCCCUGGGGGGUCAGAGCAGACCCUGGGACAGGGAGAAGCAGCGGAGAAAGGGCCUUUGAAUGACAGGGCUAAGGGAAGGAAACCUCGCUCUGGGACUGGGAUCGGGCAAGACUCUUUCUGCUCAGAAAAGGACAGGACUGAGCGCAUUUCAACAUCAGCAUCAGCAUCAACCACCACGAAUAUUCAGGGGUGUGAGGUGAAAGCUCAGCUUCGUCCUGAGAAGUCAGCAAAAGGAUCUCAUGAGAACCAACUUCCCCAGGGACCAAGGCAUGGAUUCAAGAAGAGCAGAGGUGGAGGUCCAGGUCUCAAAUCUGGUGUGGGGAGUGCUGCUCCCAGUGUCGAGGAGCAGGGACUAGGGCAUGGAUUCCAGAAGAGCAGAGGUGGAGUUUCAAGUGUCAAGUCUGGUAUGGAGAGUGUCAGGGAAGAGCAGGAACUAGGGCAUAGGCUCAAGAAGACCAGAGAUGGAGGUUCAGCUGUCAAAUCUGUUGUGGAGAGAUCUGGUCCUAGUGGGGAAGAGCAGGGCCUAGGGCUGGGAUGCAAGAAGACCAGAGGUGGAGCUUCAGGUGUGGAGAGUGCUGGUCCCAGUGGGGAGGAACAGGGACUGAAGCCUGGAUACAAGAAGACCAGAGGUGGAGGUUCAGCUGUCAAGUCUGCUGCAGAGGGUAUGGAUCCUAGUGGGGAGGAGCAGGGACUGUGGCCUAGACACAAGAAGACCAGAGGUGGAAGUCCGGUUCUCAAGUCUGGUGUGGAGAGUGCUGGCCCCAGUGGGGAGGAGCAGGGACUAGGGCCUUGGAAGACCAAGUGUGAAGUCCCAGAUCUCAGGUCCAAUGUGGAGAGUGCUGUGCCCUGUGGAGAGAAGCAAAAGGAGCUAGAGGACCAGCCCUUUCCAGAUCUACAGACUGAAGAUAAAGGUGAAUUGAUGACAGAGAAGGAAUUGGCAGGCCCAGACAAUAUGGGGCAACCAGGAAUACAAAGCUCCCAGGAAGUCCAAGGUCCUCAGAUCAUCUGGACGUCCCCCCAGAAAGCAGAGGAGGAUUCUGAGCAGUUUGAGGACAACACCCCAGACCAAAGCUUCCAGUUGAGGUCAGAGGAUGAGGAGGGAUCCCCUCUGCGACUCACACCACUGACCAUGGAGAGACCCUCAUCAGAUAGCUCCUAUGCUCAGCCCAGCUCAACAUUCAUACAGCCUGAGGUGGGGGAAGAGGCUCUUAAGGCCCAGUUGGUACAAAGCCCAGCAGUGCCCCUCAUUUGUCAUCCAGUGAAAAUGGUCCCACCAGGGAAGGAGGACAGAGAGGAAAAGACUCCUUCUAAAAAAUGGAAGGAAGAAGAAGAAUACUGCAUAGCGUGGCAUCUGCGGGCCUGCGGCGCCACAACCUGGAUGUCAGCUAUGUCCCUGAACCUAGUGUCCAAGUCUGCCCAGGCCUCGUCCUCAGCACCGGUGCCAAGCAGCCCAGAAAAGAACUGGAAGAGGACAGAGCUGCAUCGGAACUCGGACAGGUCAAACAAGACUCGGCCUAUGACUGCCUCAUCAAUAAGAAGGCUGGAGGGUGCAACCCAACCCCUCAGCUGCCACAUCUACAGAAAGGACAGUGACUUGACCCCUAUUGGCUCCAGCAUCAAAGAGUGGAAGGAGGAGAUUCUCACUCAGAAGCAAGAGGAAGCUUUUAGAGAAUAUUUCAAGUUUUUCUGUGGUCCUGGAGAAAUUGACAUCCACAGCCUGAAGAGCAUCCUAUCAAUAGUGGGGAUACCCCAGACCCAGGCUGAGAUGACUGCUGCCCUGAUAAGUGCUGAUGUGAAUGUUAUUAUCAAAAGAAGACGAAAUGCAUGUCAAAGGAUAAGGAUCAUGCUGUUAACACUGCCCGACAACCUCAUUCCCACAAGAGAACCUUCUCCCGAACCUCGGACAUCGGUCCACAAGAGCAAAAGGUCUUGAACAUCGUGGACCGGAUCAAGCAGCAAAACCGCUCUGCCUUCCUGCAGAGUCCUUACGUACCCCAGGCAACCAGCUAUCUGCUGUGCCCCCCGCUAGACAAGAAGGCAACCCGUCGGAGGCAGGGGUCUCAUGUCGUUUUGGAAGAGUAUAAGCCCAUUGACCUGACCACUGACUUCAGGACCUUCUUUCAGAUGGGACCCAAGGGAGGCAGGUGGGCCUAAAUGUCAGGCACUCCUUAUCUCCCCCUGGUCCUGGAAGAUUAGGAGCUGGAGCCUAGCUUCUCAGGAAGGGGGCCCAGUGAUGGGGCCCUGGAUGGGCAACUCUCUUCAAGUCCCUGCCCUUGCCUCCUAACCUUGCAUCUGAGAUUGAAUUAACUCUUCUCCAAAUGACCAGCUCUGCUUCUUCCUAUUCUUUUUUUCACUCUCCCUCCAGAGAAUACUGGUCCCCCUUCCUUCCCUGCCCCACCCAUUCGCCUUUCUCUACAGGGAGCUCAACCCCACUCUGUAAGUGGCUUGCCUCAAUGCACACAUGACAAGAGCUGCAGGGAGUCCAUGGCACCCUUCCACCCCUUUGACUGAGGCUCUUCCCAGCCCUGGGGACCUCAAUAUCAGGUGCUCUUUGGUGCCAAUCUACCUGUUCAGCCCACCCGGCCAAUAAACAGAACCGUGCUGAUCCUCAUCUCCUGGUUGCCAGUGGGUAGGGUCUUUGUGUCCACCAUCAGACAGGGGGCUUCCUGAGGAUAGUGACUACCUCCCCUUCUCAGACUGAAAUAUCCCUGAGGGCAGGGAACUGACUUUCCAUUAGAUUUGAGGCCUCCUAAUGGUGAGACCCAACAAAAGGGUCCUCCUCCUGAGGAAUUCAGUCCAAGCAGCUGCUUCAGCAAUAGGGCGUCCAGUGCGGCCCCCAGCAGCUUCUGCCUCUCUUCUUCCUGGGCUGGUGCAUCCCUCCCCUAUAACCCACUGCCACCACCAAUCCCCAGUUAGGCCUGGGCAAAGAAAGGUUCCCCUGGGAGCUGGAGCCCUGGGAGCCACCUCUAGACAGUCUUCACUCGGGAUCCCAAGGGACAGCACUAGCUCCCUAGCCUCUUACUGUAGACCACCUCUGUCCCUCCUAAAUGCUCCACCAUCCACAUCUACC